UGUAGUUCUGUCGUCACCUUCUAUAAAUUCGCCUUGUUGUGUGUUUUUGCUCAAGUUUAAGGAAUUUUUGUGUAAUAUUUUGUUAAAAUUAACAACUUUCCAGGAUGUCGGCUUCUAUAGAAAUACCUCUUCGUGAUACAGAUGAGGUUAUAGAGGUGCAUCCCGAUCAGUUGCCAGAAUGCCAAGAAGUCUUGAGCAUUUUAAGACAAGAACGUUCCCAAUUGAACACUUGGGUUAAUGUGGCGUUGGCGUAUUAUAAACAAAAUAAAACCGAUGAUUUCAUACGAUUAUUGGAGACCGCCAAGAAUGACGGCAACAAAGACUAUAGAGACUUUGAGAAAGAUCAAAUGCGUUGUUUUGACAUGUUGGCCGCCCAUUAUGUACAGGAAGCUAAUCGUGAAAAGUCCAAGGACAAGAAAAGAGAAUUAUUUAUGAAGGCCACCAAUCUAUACACAACGGCCGACAAAAUUAUCAUGUAUGACCAGAACCAUUUGUUGGGUAGAGCUUAUUUUUGCCUUUUGGAAGGUGAUAAAAUGGAACAAGCAGAUGCGCAAUUUAACUUUGUAUUGAAUCAAUCACCCUCCAAUAUUCCCUCGCUGUUGGGCAAAGCAUGCAUUGCUUUCAAUAAAAAGGACUAUCGCGGAGCAUUGGCUUUUUACAAAAAGGCUUUGCGUACCAAUCCCAAUUGUCCGGCAAAUGUGCGCAUGGGCAUGGGUCAUUGCUUUCUGAAAAUGAACAAUCCGGAUAAAGCCAAAUUGGCCUUCCAGCGAGCUUUGGAAUUGGAUCCCAAUUGUGUGGGUGCUUUAAUAGGUUUGGCCAUUCUCAAGUUAAAUCUACACGAGCCUGAAUCAAAUAAAAUGGGUGUUCAGAUGUUGUCGAAGGCAUACACUAUUGAUUCGACCAGUCCCAUGGUUUUAAAUCACUUGGCCAAUCAUUUCUUCUUCAAAAAAGAUUACCAGAAAGUGCAACAUUUGGCGUUGCACGCCUUUCACAAUACCGAGAACGAGGCCAUGCGUGCCGAAAGCUGUUAUCAAUUGGCUAGAAGCUUUCAUGCUCAGUGUGAUUAUGAUCAGGCUUUCCAGUACUAUUAUCAGUCGACACAGAUAGCUCCAGCUAAUUUUGUGCUACCGCAUUAUGGAUUGGGUCAGAUGUACAUCUAUAGAGGAGAUACUGAAAAUGCCGCCCAAUGUUUCGAAAAAGUAUUAAAAAUCCAACCGGGCAAUUAUGAAACCAUGAAAAUUCUUGGAUCUCUCUAUGCCAACUCAAAUUCUCAGACAAAACGUGACAUGGCCAAGGCUCAUUUGAAAAAAGUUACGGAACAAUUCCCGGAUGAUGUUGAAGCCUGGAUUGAAUUGGCACAAAUUCUAGAACAAAAUGAUUUGCUAGCCUCGCUCAGUGCCUACGGUACAGCUUCGAAUAUAUUAACGGAUAAAGUUAAAGUUGAAAUACCAGCAGAAAUUCUUAAUAAUGUUUCGGCUCUGCAGUAUCGUAUGGGAAAUUUGAAAGUUGCUAAAGAACGUCUAAUGGAGGCGUUGGAAAGAGCGAAAUCGGAGUCACCAAAUGACACACAAUAUUAUGAUUCUAUAUCAGUGACCAUGACCUAUAAUUUGGCACGUUUAAAUGAGGCCAUGAGCUGUUUCGACGUUGCCGAUAAAUUGUAUAAAGAUAUUUUAAAGAAACAUCCCAACUAUAUUGACUGUUAUUUGCGUUUGGGUUGUAUGGCUCGUGAUAAAGGUUUGAUUUUUGUGGCGUCUGAUUUCUUUAAGGAUGCUUUAAAUAUUAACAAUGAUAAUCCAGAUGCCAGAUCUUUAUUGGGUAAUUUGCAUUUAGCCAAAAUGCAGUUUGCUUUGGGGCAGAAGAAUUUUGAAACUAUUUUAAAGAAUCCCGCUACAUCACAAGAUGCUUAUUCCCUAAUUGCUUUGGGUAAUUUUUCAUUGCAAACUCUACAUCAGCCCAUUAAGGAUAAAGAGAAGGAAAGAAAACAUCAAGACAAGGCUUUGACCAUUUAUAAACAAGUUCUACGCAAUGACCCUCGCAAUAUUUGGGCCACUAACGGCAUAGGAGCUGUUUUGGCUCAUAAAGGUUGUGUCAUCGAAGCUCGUGACAUAUUUGCUCAAGUACGUGAAGCUACAGCAGAUUUUUCUGAUGUAUGGCUGAAUAUUGCUCAUGUGUAUGUGGAGCAAAAGCAAUACAUCAGUGCCAUACAAAUGUACGAAAAUUGUAUGAAAAAGUUCUAUAAACAUCAUAACGUUGAGGUGAUGCAAUAUUUAGCCAGAGCUUAUCUGAGAGCCAAUCGUCUUAAAGAAGCCAAAAUGGUGCUACUUAAAGCCAGGAGAGUAGCUCCACAAGACACGGUUUUGUUAUUCAACAUUGCUGUAGUUUUACAACGUUUGGCCAUGGCCAUACUGAAAGAUGAAAAAUCCACUUUGGAAAUUGUCUUACAAGCUGUACAUGAAUUAGAAUUGGCUCAAAAAUACUUUCAAUAUCUUUCAAUUAAUGGUGAUAAAACUCGUUUCAAUAUUGAGGUUGCCGGUAUGGAGGCCAAUCAAUGUCAAGAUUUAUUGUCACAAGCUCAGUAUCAUGUCGCCAGAGCUCGUCGCAUUGACGAAGAGGAUAAGACUCUUAAACUUAAACAGGAAGAGACACGUAUGGCCUUUAAAUUGCGCCAAGAGGAAGAACGUAAACGUCGUGAAGACAUGCUUAAAUCUUCACGUGAACAAAUGUUCUCCAAACGUCAAGAGUAUGUUGAAAAGACCAAGAAUUUAAUUAUGACUCUGGAAGCGCCACAGGAAAAGGAACGCAAAAAAGGAGGAGGACGACCCCGCAAGGAUGACAUUAUUACAGAUUCUGAAGGCAGUGAUGCGCCUAGGGAAGGAGGCGAACGUCCACCCAAACAAAAGAAGAAAGGUGGUGGUGGACGUAAGCGCAAAGCCACCACUUAUGAUAGUGACAGUGAUGGUGGUGGUGGUGGCGAGGGACGCAAAGAAAAGAAACAAAAGAAGAAAACGAAACAGAGCAAAAAGAUCGAUGAAAAACUUUCAGCCAAACAGCGGUUGAAGAUUGUUUCCAAAGCCACUAUAUCCACCAGCGAAUCGGACAGCGAUGGCGGAAGUGGAGCCCCUAAACGUAAACGAAGUAUCAGUCGUUCUGGUAGUGGCAGCGGUAGUGCUUCAGAUGCCAGUGCUGGUAGUGUUAAAAAAGCACGCAAACGCAUAGUCUCAGGCAGUGAUUCGGAUGGUUCAAAAUCGGGCACAAAAUCCAGAUCGGUAUCAAGAUCUCGAUCACGUUCUCGUUCGGGAACACGUUCCAAAUCAGGCAGCCGUUCGCGCAGUCGUUCCAGAUCAAAAUCCGGUUCACGUUCUCGAUCUGCCAGUCGCUCCAAAUCACGUUCAAAAUCUGGUUCCAGAUCACGAUCAAACUCCAAGUCCGGUUCGGACCAUAGCCGCUCAGCUACACCGGAAAGUAAUUAGAUUUAUGCGUUCAGAUAUUCAAAUGUGUAGAGUUUUCUUUUUUAAAUCUCUUAACUUAAUUCAUCUACUAUAUUUUAAAUAAAUGUUUUUGUUUAAACACAAAAAUACU